GGAGGGGGCCCGGCCGUGGGCGGAACCCUCAAGGCUAGAGGGGCCGGCGGCUGCAGCGGCUGUGGGGGCCCGAAGGGGAAAAAGAAGAACGGAAGGAACAGAGGAGGGAAAGCCAACAACCCCCCAUACCUGCCCCCCGAGGCUGAAGAUGGAAACAUCGAAUAUAAACUGAAGCUGGUGAAUCCAUCCCAGUACCGCUUUGAGCAUCUGGUGACACAGAUGAAGUGGCGGCUCCAGGAGGGGCGUGGUGAGGCUGUCUACCAGAUUGGGGUGGAGGACAAUGGGCUCCUGGUGGGGCUGGCUGAGGAGGAGAUGCGGGCCUCCCUCAAGACUCUACACCGGAUGGCAGAGAAGGUCGGGGCAGAUAUCACUGUUCUCCGUGAGCGAGAAGUGGACUAUGAUAGCGACAUGCCCCGGAAGAUCACUGAAGUGCUGGUACGAAAGGUUCCUGACAACCAACAGUUCCUAGACCUCCGUGUGGCUGUCCUAGGGAAUGUGGACUCAGGGAAAUCAACUCUUCUUGGAGUCCUGACCCAGGGAGAGCUGGACAAUGGACGGGGCCGGGCCCGGCUCAACCUUUUCCGCCACCUGCAUGAGAUUCAGUCUGGUCGAACCUCCAGCAUCAGCUUCGAGAUCCUGGGCUUUAACAGCAAGGGAGAGGUGGUGAAUUACAGUGACUCACGGACAGCAGAAGAGAUCUGUGAGAGCAGUUCCAAGAUGAUCACCUUCAUCGACCUAGCAGGCCACCACAAGUACCUGCACACCACCAUCUUUGGGCUCACCUCGUAUUGCCCCGACUGUGCCCUCCUCCUUGUCAGUGCCAACACUGGGAUUGCUGGUACCACACGGGAACAUCUGGGACUAGCCCUGGCCCUGAAAGUGCCCUUCUUCAUCGUGGUCAGCAAGGUGGAUCUCUGUGCCAAGACCACAGUGGAGAGGACGGUACGCCAGCUGGAGCGGGUCCUCAAACAGCCUGGCUGCCACAAGGUCCCUAUGCUGGUCACCUCUGAGGAUGAUGCUGUCACUGCUGCCCAACAAUUUGCUCAGUCACCCAAUGUCACCCCUAUCUUCACACUGUCCAGCGUGUCUGGAGAAAGUCUAGACCUGCUCAAAGUCUUUCUGAAUAUCCUGCCACCACUCACCAACAGCAAAGAGCAAGAGGAACUCAUGCAGCAACUGACCGAGUUCCAGGUGGAUGAAAUCUACACAGUACCAGAAGUGGGGACUGUUGUUGGAGGGACACUUUCCAGUGGGAUUUGCCGCGAGGGGGACCAGCUGGUGGUGGGCCCCACAGAUGAUGGCCGCUUCCUGGAGCUGAGAGUAUGCAGCAUUCAGCGCAACCGAUCUGCCUGUCGUGUGCUUCGAGCUGGUCAGGCUGCUACAUUGGCCCUUGGGGACUUUGACCGUGCACUGCUUCGCAAGGGCAUGGUGAUGGUGAGCCCCGAGAUGAAUCCCACCAUCUGCUCAGUGUUCGAAGCAGAGAUAGUCCUACUGUUCCAUGCUACCACCUUCCGGCGGGGUUUCCAGGUGACAGUACACGUUGGCAAUGUACGUCAGACAGCAGUGGUGGAAAAGAUCCAUGCCAAGGACAAGCUGCGGACAGGGGAGAAGGCAGUGGUACGUUUCCGCUUCCUGAAACACCCAGAGUACCUGAAGGUGGGCGCCAAGAUGCUGUUCCGGGAGGGUGUCACCAAGGGCAUUGGCCAUGUCACUGAUGUGCAAGCCAUUGCAGCAGGAGAGGCCCAGGCCAACAUGGGCUUCUGA